AUGACGAUCGCUAAUCUGGCCUGUUGUGACUUCAUAAUCGGUUGUACAUUCUGGACAGGGAUCCUACGCCGUGACACGAUGCUGCGGUGUACCGUAUUUACGUGGUAUGCAAUCACGGUUCAUCAUCUGCCCUUGAUGGAAAUUGCGCUCUGUACGAUUAACAGAUACGUGGCCAUCGUGCAUCCGUUACGCUACAACCAGCUGAUGACUCCUACUCGCACUGGUGUUCUCAUAGCUUUAUCGACGACGUACGGGAUUGUGAUUGGAAUCGCAGCAGCCAUCCAAACGUCAUAUCACUGGGAGCCGUUUUCCAUCUGCAUCAUUGAACUAAAACUCUCACCAGGACUGGUGUAUGUCAUUUGCAGUCACUAUAUUAUUAUAUUUAUCGCCAUGGUUUACUGCUACAUCGUCAUCAUGAAGAUCGUCUGGUACCACACGCGAAUGAUGGCUGCAGCAUCAGCUGAGGAGAGAGAAGACAUGUCCGCUUUCCACGCUACGCUGAAGAUGUCCAAGACCUUACUUACAGUUGUCGGCACUUCGUUUACUCUGCUUACACCGCACGUUCUUUACAUGAUCUUAAUCCACAACUUCCCGUUCCGAUUUCGAAUACUUCGGCUGAUUCGAAUAAAUGCACUGACACUUAAUUCAUUGCUGAAUCCAAUCAUCUACUUCUACAAGUACAAGGACUUUCGUCACGCAGUGAGGGAACUAUUUGGUUGUGCCACGUCCACUGUUAACCCAUCUCAGCCGAACGUGGAGCAAGGCCCUUAG